UGCCACACCCAGGACCAUUCCCACCUCCAGUGCCUCCACCAGGAGCAAUGCCUCCAGGGAUGCCUCCAGCGAUGCCACCUCCGAUGCCACCCAGCACGUCAGCACCUGGACCACCAGCAUCUGGCCCACCUGGGACAACGCCGCACCAUGUGGGACCUCCGUUUCCUCCAGGAGGCAUGCCCCCACACGGAAUGCACCCAAUGCAGGUGCCACAUCACGGACCACACAGCAUGGCUCCCCUCUCCAGUGGGCCAGCACAGAAUGCUCCUCACCGACCUCCCCCACCUGGGAUGCAGCAUCACAAUCCUCCCCCCAUGGUGAUGCCCCCUCGUGGACCCCCAUUUGGACAUCACAUGGGACCCCCCCCACAUGGAAUGCGUGGACCACCACCUCCAAUGCCCCCACCUGGAUUCAAUGGCCCUCCACGCCCUCCACAUUUCGGAUUUGCCCGAGGUCCACUUGUGCCCCCACGUGGAGGUGCCCGGAUACCCCUGCCCCCCCGCGGGCUACCUCGAGGUCCCCUGCAGCCUCAGUAGGAGGCGAUCACUGCCUCAGAGACCUUGACAGCUCCUGAGCGAGCUGUGUUUGUCAGUAAGACACUGACUGGACCAGGAUGUUCUUGUAGCUGAUAUUAACUGGAUCACAGCAAUGGUUUCCCAUUCCUCCGAGACUUUGCAAGUUUGCAAACAGCCCUGAACACACAACCACUGGAGUGGGGUUCUAUGGGGAGGGGGAGGGGUGUAUGACUCUAACCAGGCCCUGGUGGGGGGUCAUGGUCACUGUGACUGCCCCUGUUCGGGUGCAAGGACUGUAGGGUGGCUCAUGGAGACCAGUCCUGAGCUGCUGUGUGUCCAGGGCAUGUUGUCUUUCGGCCUGAGGUUCUCAUUAUUUGGUCUCUGCUCACCCCACAACCGUGAUCUUGGGCUCCCUGUAAAUCAGAAAGUUAAUGUUACCCUCGAUCAUGCAGUUCCCUGCUACACCUCUCUCUCUCUCUACUUAAAAGGGGUCAUGCUUUUGCUGUUACAGUGAGGUGUUGGGGAACGGUGUUAGAGGUAAGCUUAGUGCUGGAGGAGGGGGUUAAAAGGUCGUGCCCAGAGGGAGAGGGGAGAAGGUCUGCCCAGGGCUAGGGGAGGGUGAAUAGGAGGCAGGAUCAGGCUGUGGAAGGGAGGGGGGUUGCUGGAGCAUGUUCUUGUUGGAGGUUGGAGGUCAGCCCCAGGCUGGGAGAGGAGUAUUAGGGGUCAGGCCCUGCUUGUGGUGAUGGGGGAGAGUGGAAGAGAUCAGUCCCAGUGGUUGGGGGUGGGGAGUGGUUAGGGGUCAGGCACAGACUUGGGGGGGCGGUUAGAGGUCAACACUGGGCUGGAGUGGGGUGUUAGAAAUCAGCCCCAGGCUGGGGGACGGGGUGAUUACAGGUCAGCCCCAGGAUUGUGGCGUGGUGGGGGGGGUUAUUUGUUAAGAGGUCAGCCCCGGCUGGGGGAGGUGAGGGGAAGUUAAUUUUGUGUCCAGUUAUAAUUGACAUCAUUCUCAAAUGAAGUUUCAGCUACUGCUGUUCCAUGUACAUUUUUUUCCAAGAGAUGUGAUACAUUUUUAA